CUUUUCAUUUUUUCCUCCCACUUUUAAAUGAAUAACCAUACAGUCCUCUACAGCAAAACAGAGCAAGCCCUGGACGUCAGUGGAAUCAGUUCAGUCUAGUUCUUGUCUUGAAUGUGGACUCUACUGUUAAGAAGAAUGAAUGCUACUGAGCUGUUUUAAAGUUUCUCAGGAUGGUAGUGGAUUCAGCUGUGGAUCUCAUUUAACCCAGAGUGUCCAGCAUGAUCUGCAGUGUCUACCAGGCCAACAAGAGCGACAGGGUGGCUCCUAAGAGAGUCCGCUUUCAGGACCUUUAUGAUUAUGAUGAAGUGAUCGAUAACGCAGAAGACAUGGACAGCCUGAACAGGAACAUUCCUGAACAUGGCCGCCAGACCCAUCAGGUCCUACAGAGUACCCCACUGGACCUGAUUGAGACUGGCAAGACCCUCAAGGUCCAAGCAGAGCGCCCCCAUCUGGUCAGUUUGGGAAGUGGACGUCUGAGCACGGCCAUCACACUGUUGCCCUUACCAGAAGGGAAAACCACUCUGGGUCAUGGGAACACUGACAUUAAUAUCCAGGGUCCAGGCGUGGCUGCUCUGCACUGCUACAUUGAGAACCAGGCAGGGACCAUUACUCUCUUCCCCUGCGGCAACCUCUGCUCCAUGGACGGCCUUGCAGUCACCAAGCCUGUACGACUCUCUCAAGGGUGUAUGCUUUGUUUUGGUCAGUCUGCCUUUUUCCGUUUCAACCACCCAGAGGAGGCUCUCAGGAUGAAGAGUAUGAUGCCAGGAGGAAACCCCGGCCCCACAAGCACCUACAAAGGCCAUUCAGAACCCCAUGGACUACUGAAUGGAAACCACCAGCCUGUUCCUCAUGAGAGAGUUCGUCCUGGCCAUGGCACGCUGGUCCGUUCCAUAGAGAAAGACCUCCAGGACAUCAUGGACUCUCUGUCUAUGACUGACUCUCAGGCUUCCUCAUCUGAGGCUGCCAAGCUCUCUCACCACCCCAUCCCACAGUCUCCCCUUUCCCCGAUGCUCAAUGGGGGCGGGCGUUAUGUCCUUUCCCCUCCAACCAGCCCAGGAGCUAUGUCAGUGGGCUCCAGCUAUGAAAAUGCCACUCCUCCCUAUUCUCCUCUUUCGUCUCCCUCGGUUGCCAGCAGUCCAAGUAAUCCGCCUGUACCUUCACAUUCAGCUAGUCAUAAAGUCCAGGUCCCAGUUCCUCAGCCAAGGGCGUCAGUACCUCGGAAUAACAAUAGCAGCAUGGGGCAGAAAGUUCAGGAAAGUCCUAGACUUUCAAGGAAGGCCUUGACAGAGACACCACCAAGCUCUUCACCCAACCGCCAAGGCCAAAACCAGGAUGUCUUUUCUAGAGGAGGUCUAGAAAGUCCAAGGUCAAUUCUGAGUUCCUCCUCAGCCUCAUCCUCUUCAGCAUCUGGAGAUACAAGCAGGCAGAACAGCAUCAGGCUCACAACGUCCUCAUCUCCAGCCUCCUCAAGUCCUAGAUCCAGCCUGGGCCAGGAGACUCCUCCAGUGGACCGUACAAUCCAGCCCCAGCCACGCUCAAUUUUGCCCCCAGAAAGCCCUCAGUCAGCUCAUAGAUGCCUGGAAUCGUCCAAUGCAGUUUCAGUGCUGGAACGUCCACCUCCCAGCCCCUCUACAUCACGUCGUGUGCUUCAAGGAGUUCCUGUCCUACCUGGAGCUUUACCUGGUGUCUCUUUGACCACUCGUAGCCAAUCAGGAAAGGCCGUAGCAGAGAGCCCUCGACUCAACAGGCGAACCACAGCAGAAGAAGAUAGAGCAGGAACGAGAAGGCUUAGGACCAGAAGCCCUUCUCCUGUAUCUGUGCUCCUGAAGGACCAUGCUGGGAGGCAGAAGGGACCUGUUGGAGCCUCUUUAAGCCCUGCACUGAGUGCCCAGGCUGGGGUUUCUCCCCUCACCAGCCCCCACAGCCAGAGGAAGAGCUCCAGAGAGCAGCGGCCGGUUCAGCCUCGUGCACGGGAGCGCAAGAACAGCAUCUCUGAAAUCAGUGACAACGAGGAUGAACUUCUAGAGUACCAUCGCUGGCAGCGGGAGGAGAGGAUGAGAGAACAAGAGAUGGAGAGACUGGAGAGACAGAGGCUGGAGACCAUUCUGAGUUUGUGUGCUGAGUAUAAUAAAGGAGACCCUCUGAUAGACAUGGAAACGGCGAGGGCAGGUCAGUUCCCUGGGAUGGAGGAGGCGUCUGUCCUGCGACCCUGCCCUGACCCCGUGGGUGUGGCAGGGCAGCGCACACACACUCACACACACCGACAGAGAGAGAGCGAUGAAGAGAACCUGAAGGAGGAGUGCAGCAGCACUGAGAGCCAGCACCAGGAGCAUGAGGACACUGCUGGUCUGGGGCCUAAGGAGGCAGGCUAUCUGGUAGAGGAGCGGGUCAGGGUUCUGGCUCGAGUGGAUGAGCUGAAGGCCCGUGUCACCGAGCUGGAACAGCAGCUUCAGGAUUCCAGACAGGAGGCCGAGAUGGAGAGGGCAUUGCUGCAGGGGGAGAGGAGGGCAGAGUUAGAUCAAGUGGAGGCAGAAUUGGAGAUCAUCAAUCAGCUUCAGCUCAAACUGAGUGAAGUGGAGAAAACUAUCCAGAGGGAGAAAGAUAAGGGGAGGGCUAAUGUCUCGGCUGAGCGGGACAUCCUGGCCAGGCUGAGGGAUGGGUACAGUGAGCUGAAGAGCCAGCUUCACAAAUGCCCCGAGUCUCUGAGGGAACACUUACAAGAACAGCUUGCCAGGAAAGCAGAGGCGCUGGAGUCGAGCUCCAAGCGCUUUGAAGACCUGGAGUUCCGCCAGCUGGAGCGCGAGAGCAGCCUGGAGGAGGAAAAGGAGACACUGAGCCGGCAGCUGCUGCAGGAGAAGGCAGAGUACCAACGCAGCGUGGCAAAGAGGAAGGAGAAAAUGGCAGCACUUGAGAUUCAGGCCAACCAGCUAGGUGUGCAGGCGGCUCAGGACUGCGAGAGGAUGGCCAAAGACCGGACCCUGGCCCUACAGAUGCUGCAAAAGGAGAGGGAGCGACUGGCUGCCCUGGAAAAGAGAUACUACAGCUUGACUGGGGGGAAGAGUUUCCCAAAAUCCUCUACCACCAUGAAGGAGGAAGUUCUACAUAUCAGCGAACCUGAACUUUACAAUGAAGUCUCUACCCAGCAUUCCCCACUCGCUGCUCCCUGCACCCAAAGCCCCACCUCUCAGACCUGCCCCAUCAAACCUCAGGAGGAGUACCUCAGACUUUCAGAUGUAUUUAAGAUGUAUGGCAGUGGUUGCAUUCCAGCCCCAGCCACCUCCCCUGCUCCUCACACUCCCUGCCUCUCUCUUUCUGUAACACCAGAUACCCCUCGCGAGGAGUAUGUGACAGUUAGUCAAUUAAACCAGAUCUUUGGGAUGCCCAAGGCCGAUCCUUCCCCAACGGCUCCUGUCCAAUCAUUCCAAGCUAUUGUAGCUGACCCCGCCUUCUGUAGCCACAUAUCAGAGUGUGGCCCAGUCCAGUCUCCCUCUGCUGAGACCCAGGCUGAGCGAAGCAGGCCUCUGGCCCCCAGGCUGGAUUUAGAGCGCUGGUACCAGGACAUCAUGGCUGCUGGAGAGCCGAGCCAUGCUUGUCCUCCUCCUCUGCCAGCUAAGUCUUUCUCCACACGCAAGCCCACGCAGAUGUACAGGUGUAAGCAGGAUGGAGGGAUUUGUCAGACUAACGGCUCCACACAGCCCAGCACAGCUACACCGGGCAGAAACACCCCCACUAAGAGCCUGCCAGACCUGUCGACCUCGCAUCUGGACACAGACACCAAGAGACUCGCUCUGGAGGGCAAAGGGCUCCAAACAUCUGACGACUCCAGAAUCCGCCCCAUGGAUCUGAAACAGAGGCUUGACAUGGAGCCCCAGUUCCACUGGGGGGCGCCGCAGGGCUCGCACCCCCAGCUCACCGGCCCUUACCCUUCCACAGGAGGUCCCAUUGUGCACCACUCCAUCCUGCACCACCAGGUGCCCUCAGCAGGCGGCCCUGCGUACGACACUCUGAGUCUAGAAAGCUCAGACAGCCUGGAGACCAGCGUAUCCACUGGCAACAACUCUGCCUGUUCACCCGAAAGUGGCAGCGGCCUGGCCGGGCUGAGGCUGGAGGAGAUGGAGAAGAUGUUGAAGGAAGCUCAGCAGGAAAAGGCCCGACUGGUGGAGAGUCGUGAGAGGGAGGUGCAGGCUCGGAGGCAGCUGCUGGAAGAGGAGAGGAGGAGGCGAGAGGAGGUGGAGAGGAGGCUGCAGGACGAGACCGCGCACCGGCAGAGGCUUGUGGAGGAGGAGGUCAAGCUGAGGGAGAAACACUGUUCUCAGGCUCGUCCAAUGACACGCUACCUGCCCAUCCGAAAGGAGGAGUUUGACCUGCGGUCUCAUGUGGAGUCAGCGGGUCACUGCGUGGACACCUGCCCCUAUGUCAUCGUCACCGAGAAAAUGUGCAAAGGCCACUUGGUUAAGAUGGGCGGCAAGAUCAAAUCGUGGAAGAAGCGCUGGUUCGUCUUUGACCGUCUAAAGAGGACCUUCUCCUACUACGUGGACAAGCAUGAGACCAAGCUAAAGGGAGUCAUCUACUUCCAGGCCAUCGAGGAAGUCUAUUAUGACCAUCUACGCAGCGCCACAAAGAGUCCGAAUCCCUCCCUGACCUUUUGCGUGAAGACCCACGACCGGCUGUACUUCAUGGUGGCCCCUUCCCCAGAGGCCAUGCGAAUAUGGAUGGAUGUGAUAGUAACAGGUGCCGAGGGCUACACGCAGUUUAUGACCUGAGGGAAAGACGACUGAAGACUGGCCACGAGACCGCCAGAGUGGGCAGCGCUCGUCAAGUCGAUUGGUUCUUUCAGGGAAACCUGAACUUCAGCUAUACUUGAGCUCUCACCCACACUGAUUGACUUGUAUGUGGUCUGUAUCAGGACUCAGUUUGGAUGGACGCAUAAUGGCUGGAGGAGGACAGUGUUCUGCUAUUGUGGGCAGAUAACAAGGUGCUCAGAAGAAACAAAGCAGCGCAAGAGAGACUAUUAUACAACCUGCUCUUUUUUAUUAUUAUAAUUAUUAUUAUUAUUAUUAUUACUCAUUCAUGUAAAAAAAUAUAUUACUUUGGGUCUGCCUAUACCAACAUUUCCAUGUUAUCAUUUUGCCUUGAAAAUUUUUUUAUUUGGAUUAUUACAAAAGGGAUUCCUCUGCCAAAUGUUUAAAACCACUUAGGGCCUGUUAAGAAGUUUUUAUUUUGCAUUAAUAUUAAGACAAAUAACAGUGCGAUAUAUAUCAUAAUCAGACCACAGUAGUCCUUAUGAACAUCAGGUGCCAAGAGCAUGUUACAUCAUUUCACUAUAAAUCAUGUCAUGUGUGUUACUGCCAUCCUGAAUAGAAGCUACGAAAAGGAAAAAUUUGUGAUUACGACAAGUAUUAAUGAGUAUUAAUGUUACCAAAUCCUGUUGUAAGGAAAAGACUUGUUUUUUGUUCGCUAUGGAAAAGUAACUGACAUUUUUUCCAUGUGUUAUUGUAAUCUAUGCUGUUAUAUAUAUUGUCUUCGUUUGUCUGAAAUAGGCACAUUAGCUGCUUUUUUACAUAUUUUAAAUAUGUUUUAUACUGUGUUAAAUAAUAAGAAACGUAUGCUUGCUGUUGGGUUUGUACGUCUGAUUCAAAAACGUUUGGUGGGGGACCAUUGCAACAUUUUUUUCUACCUAUUUGUGUUUGUUGUUACAGUGCAGGUCAUGCCAAAGGUUAACCUCAAAAGUCCAGCAUUACGGUGUAUGAGAAAAUUAUGGGCAGAUGCAGUAAUGUUAUGUAUAUGUGAGUGUGGAACAGUAGUGAUUAUGGAAAACGGCCUAACGUGCCUUCUGUCAUUUCAGGCGUGUGUCAAUGCAGCAGUACUUCACUGUUGAGUUCUCAUGAUUAAUUGCAUAAUCAGUUUAAAGAUGUAUUGAAAUAUAAUAUAUAAUUUGACUGAAAAGAGUAUUACGGCCUUCUUAAUAACUCAGUAUAACUUGUAUAGCAGUAGCCUGUCCACUAUGACUGAAGCAAUAGACUAACAAAACUCCACCAGUGCACUCUUACGUCAUAUAUAGUAACAUUUGUAAGCUCCAGUGAUAAAUGUGUGGAUGCCAGACCCAAAUAAAAUGUGUAACAAAAA